AGCCGUUUUUUUAUUUUUUCCCGAAGCUGCUUCAUCUUUCUUGCGUACUUCGUCAUUUUUUUCUACCUCUACCUCCUCGUCCUACUCUUCUCCUCCCUCUUUUUCGUCAUCUUCUUCUUCCUCCUCCUCUGCUUCUCGUCCUCGUCGAUUAGCCAUAGCCGUUUUUUUAUUUUCCCACAUCACCGCGGGAGACAUCAUGGCGGGUGAUGGCAGUGGCGGGGCUGGGCGGACGAGACACAUGCUAGGCAACACCGAUGCAGGCAAGGGGAAAGAGCAAUUGCAGCCUGUUUCCGACAAGCCUUCAUCAAGCAAGUCAGCGCAUUCAACAACGACGGCCAUCAACAAGGAAGCAACACCUGCCACUGAUCCCGAUCUCUUUCAAGUUAAGGGCGAGAACGAGCAUAAGAAGCUGCUGAAGAAGAAUGCAGUCUGGAAGGGCUCGUCAACAAAGGCAGUGGAGCAUUUCUUGAGAGUGCACAAACCGUGUCCUUUUCGGACGGGGGAGAUUGUGGAUGAGCUUGUGACUCAGGGAGGCAAGGUCAACCCCAAAGACAAGAACACGCGGUACUUGCUGCAAAACUUCAGAGGACUCGCCAGGGGCGCAGAGGGGGGCGACGAGGCUCCGGAGGAUGCAUCAGAUGCGAACGAUCCAUCGUCUUGGCCGGUGCCUCCGCUUGUUCGAGGGCGGUCUGUUCCACAAUUUGCUGCACCGAUCACAACAACAGAUGAUGAAGCUGCAGUGAAGGGUGAUGAUGGCACCGGUGGAGGGGCGGCCCGUGUUGUGCUGGCAAAGACGCAAACCACAAUAAGAAAGUGGAUUGACAACGACGCACAAAAAAAGUUGGACAUUGCGUGGGCGGAAGCAAUGUUCAGGGCUGGAAUUGCUUUCAACUUCUUGAACUUCGACACCACGCAGGCUCUUCACGAUGCUUACUUGGAGGUUGCCAAUGCAAAGUCGAAGGUGAAGUUGCCUACAAGCAUAUGCGGACUGUCAUGUUGGACUACCAUCGUCCUGAAGGUCCAAAAGUCAAUUAACCCCUUCACUGCUUGUUGGGACAAAACAGGCUGCACAUUCAUCACAGAUGGAUCGACAGAUCGCAAGAACCGGUCGGUCAUGAAUUUCCUAGCAGCGGGGGAGAAAGGAGCAGUUCUGGUGACCACAGUUUACAUGACUGGGAGGAAGAAAAACGCAGCAGCAUUGGCGAAGUUGUGGGAGCAAGUGAUGCGGGAGAUCGGGCUCAAACGGAUCAACGCGAUCUGCACAGACAACGCUGAGGUCAACAAGAAGGCGGCGCAGAUCUUGGAGAGGCGGACCGACAGAGACGUUGCAAGGAUACCGUGGGUGCCAUGCGGAGCGCAUUGCUGCAGUCUGUUGUUGAAGGACCUCAGCAGUUUGCCUUGGGUGAAGGACACAGUGAAGACGGCGAACACGAUCGUGAAGUUCAUCACGAACCAUCACGCCACACGGUCUCAUGAUGUCCAUCGAUGACUCGUUGUCAUUGCUGCGCCGAACAGAGGUCCGGUUCGGGUCGGUGUACCAGAUGCUGCAGAGGCUAACGGAC